UUUUUUUUUAAAACAAAGGCCCAUCAGAGGAAACAAUAAAAGGGGUCUUUGGUGACAAAAUAUUCAGUAUCUGUUGACUUCCAGUUGUAGUUUUUUCAAGAGAGGGAUACACAAUGGGAGGGAGUGAGGAUUUUUCUCGGCAGGUCCGGGGGCAGCAGUCGGGUGGGGUUUUUUGAGCCGUGUUCUGAGGCGUGUUCUGCCUUUCGUUGUAGUGACCUGCAGAGACGAGAAGACACAGAUGACCUACCAGCAACACCAAUCGUGGCUGCGGCCCAUGCUCAGAAGCAGCCGGGUGGAAUACUGCAGGUGCAGCAGGGACGGGGCGCAGUGCCACUCCGUGCCCGUCAAGAGUUGCAGCGAACCCAAGUGCUUCAACAGCGGGACGUGUCUGCAGGCUUUGUACUUCUCGGACUUUGUCUGCCAGUGCCCCGAAGGAUUCGCUGGGAAACGCUGUGAAAUCGACACCAGGGCCACGUGCUACGAGGACCAGGGCGCCAGCUACAGGGGCACGUGGAGCACGGCAGAGAGCGGGGCCCAGUGU